AUGUGGUGGCACCUGGAGGUGUCCCACAAUGUGACCCUGGAUGUGGCACUGCCCAGAGAGGACGUGGUGGCACCUGGAGGUGUCCCAAGAGCCAGCACCAGAUGUGGCACUGCUGGAGAAAGGACGUGGUGGCACCUGGAGGUGACCAAGGACAUGACCCUGGAUGUGGCACUGCUGGAGAAGGGACGUGAUGGCACCUGGAGGUGUGCCAAGAGCCAGCACUGGAUGUGGCACUGCCCAGGGAGGACAUGGUGGCACCUGGAGGUGUCCAAGGAUGUGGCAGCACUUGGAAAGGACGUGGUGGCACCUGGAGGUAUCCAAGGAUGUGACCCUGGAUGUGGCACUGCCCAGGGAGGACAUGGUGGCACCUGGAGGUGUCCAAGGAUGUGGCAGCACUUGGAAAGGACGUCGUGGCACCUGGAGGUGUCCCGGGAUGUCACUCUGGAUGUGGCACUGCUGGAGAAAGGACGUGGUGGCACCUGGAGGUGCCCAAGGAUGGAAGGACAGGCGGAUGGGGAUGGACAGAGGUGGGCAGGAGGUGGCACCACCCGGGAGGACAUUGUCACCUGUGCCAGCUGCGAGGAUAUUGUCACCUGUGCCAGCUGCUGGAGGGGUGGGGUUGUCCUUCCCGCCUGGAAUUCCCAAAGGUCUCAGCACGAGAAGGAUCCAAGCCGGGGUUGUCCAACAUCAGAAGGAGCUCCUGGACCUGGACGAGGAUUCCUGGACCAGAGUUUGGAGAUGGAAAUUGUAGUGGGGAGGAGAAUCCCAAAUCCCAAAUGCCAAAUCGGUGUUUUCCCGCCCGCCAGAAACCAUUCCCACAGAAUUCCUUCUUCUGGUGGCGCUGGGAGGAGCCAUCUCCAAGGAAUGGGACAGCGAGCACCGUCCUGA